AUGCGGAGACGGGAUAGUGGGGAAAAGGGUGAGAAUAAUGCUGAGGAUGUGAUUGGGACUGAGGAUAUGGAAGGGAAGCAGGAGGAAAUGAGAAAAUUAAAGCUUGAUAUCACGGUUGUUUGGCAGGGAGUAAGGAUUGGGAAUAUUGGGAGUGUAUCUGAUAAAAAUGAACAGGAGGUGGAAAUGAGAAUUAAUGGGAUAGAUAAGGAAAGAUUGGGUGGAGUGUUGAAGUUGAUGGCAAUGAGAGGGUGGAAAGACGUUUUUUGUGUGAGGGUUGGGGGUGAGGAGGGAAAAAUAGAGCAGCAGAAGGGAGGAAGAAAACUUGAGAAGGGAGCGCAUGAAACGAAGAAUAGACUGAGUAUUCUUUGA